AUGGAACGCGUCAAAGCGAAGAGGACUGUCCGACGCGGCCAUAUCACGAACCUCGUCAACAAGGUAGGCGAUGCUCUUUCCAACGAAUCCACGACGGAAGAUACCUUAAGGGUUCUCCUCGAACGUUUAACGACAAGUAAAGAUGAGCUCAAACAACUCAAUCAAGAAAUAGAGCAAUUUGUCAAAGACGAGGAUAUAACAACGGAAUACACGACCAUCAUCGAAUACGAGGACAAGUCUGCCGAAGCUAUCGCAGCACUGAAGACAAGACUGACGCCUGUUUCAGCAUCAGCGACGAGUGCAACUUCAGCUGGGAUGUCAAUGCCAAGGCCCACUGAACGGAAGGCGGGUGUCAAGUUGCCUGAACUUAGUCUACAGCGCUUUAACGGCGAUUUGCUUCAGUGGCAGCACUUCUGGGAGCAAUUUAGACUGUCAGUUCACGACAACCCCAAUUUGUCAAAGAGCGACAAAUUUCAAUAUCUACAAGGUCAGCUAAGCGGAUCAGCUGCUUCCGCAAUAUCUGGACUCCAGGUGACGGACGCAACCUACGACGACGCCAUUGCGAUCUUAACUCAGCGUUUCGGCGACCGCAAGAGCAUCGAAAGGGAAUAUAUAGGAAGACUGAGAAGACUUCCCGUCGUCAAAUCAUCAAGCGACGUCCAGGCUCUGCGGACACUCUAUGACCGCGUGCAGACCAACACCAGAGGGUUGACUGCUCUAGGAAUUCGCAUCGACACGUACUCGGCUAUGUUGUGCGACAUCCUGCUGACAUCGUUACCUCCGGACAUGGUGGUGGAGUUUCAUCGACGAGACAGUUAUGGUAUGGACACUCCAACCAUGGCGUCGCAGCACGAGGAAGACAACGAGUCCUGUGAUGACGGCUCCACUUCGACGGGAGAACAGGACAUGGGUGAGCUCAAAAAGCUUCUCAGAUUCCUCAGAAUAGAAAUUGAGAGUCGUGAACGAUCCGGAAUUACCGAACGAAGACUGUCCACGGAUCGACAGCAUGACAAUAAGAAGCAGCAACGCAACAGAAGUAGCGCGGCUGUACUGCAUGCUGGAGUGGACCCGAAGCAACGUGCAUGCCUCUUUUGCGGAACGAAUGACCAUGCGACUGGAUCAUGUACAAGAAACAUGCCACUUUCCGAAAGAAAGAAUGUUUUAAGCAGAGAGGGAUGCUGCUUUCGGUGUACAAAAAAGGGUCAUCGAUCGAAAGAGUGCCGAAUGAAUGUGACCUGUCAACACUGCGGCGGACGUCAUGUCACAUUGAUGUGCGACCCAGAGUGGCGACAGAAAGGCAAAAAUAGGGCUGACGCCCAGAAAGUAUCGGGACUAGUGGCUUCUUGCGGGACUACACCAUCAAAUGACAACGAUUCCACGGUACUGCUUCCAUCCUUCCAAGCUUGGGCUGUCACAGACUGCCGAUGUACCUACAUACGGGGAAUCAUAGACAGCGGCAGUCAGCGAACUUUCAUACGCGAAGACGUUGCACAGAAAUUGCAGGCUCCUGUCGUCGGUCACAUCAACUUGCAACUUAAUACGUUCGCAGAUAGCACCACGAGCCGUGUUCAACAACGAAAGGUGGUCAAGUUGCGCCUCCGCAGCCAGUACGACGCGAGGGAAUACGACAUCGAAGCCAUCGUUAUCCCGUUCAUCUGCCAGGACCUCGUCCGGACUCCAUCGGACCUGUCGCUUAUGACUGCAAUGAAAAAUGAUGGCGAAAACAUCGCAGAUACAGUGAUGUUCCCCGGUGUACAGGCGGAAGUUGGACUAUCCCUGCUUCUCGGCACGGAUCAGAUGUGGAGAUUCCUGACAGGACGCCUACGAAGGUCACCUAAUGAUCAAGAUUUAGUAGCAGUCGAAUCGAAAUUCGGGUGGACAUUCCAGGGCCCAAUAAAAAUGGAAACGACCGUCAAAGAAGUAACGAACACUGUUGUCUGUGUACUUAGAAUCAGCGCUACAGUCGAGACGGAUGACGCAACAUCGCUUCGUCGACUCUGGGAGCUCGAAGCUAUCGGGGUCACUGAUACACCGAAUGGCAACACUGAACACGACAACGAAGUUUUCAACGAAUUUGAACGAAACGUCAAGUACGUCGACGGCCGGUACCAAGUGAGGAUGCCCUGGAAACAGACAAACACCGAGAAGCUACAUGACAACCGCGAGGUUGCGCUGCGACGACUGUACAGUUUAACGAAACGCUUGCAACGAGAAGGAAUGGUAGAAGACUAUGACGAAGCAAUCCGGAGUUACAUGAUUCACGGUCAUGCGGAGACGGUGCCACCAACGAUGUCGUCUAGCACACCAGUGUAUUACAUGCCACACAGGGCUGUGAUACGGAACGAUGCGGUGUCAACAAAAACUCGCGUGGUUUUUGAUGCUUCUUCGCACGCCCCUAACACAGGUUCCCUGAACGACCAUUUGGAAAAGGGACCAACACUAACGAACGAACUCCUACCGAUUCUACUCCGAUUCCGUCUCAACAAGAUAGCACUUACUGCAGACAUCAGCAAAGCCUUCCUCCAGAUCGAGGUCGACGAAAGCGACAGAGACGCCCUUCGCUUUCUGUGGUACACCUAUCCGCCGACACAAAACCAAAGUAGCUCAAGCAUUCAAGAAUGGCGGAUGACACGGGUACCGUUCGGUACAACGUCCAGCCCAUUUCUGCUCAGCGCUACGUUGCAAUACCACAUGAAAAACUGCAAAGACGAAAUGGCGGCUGCACUUAUCGACUGCUUCUAUGUAGACGAUCUGCUUACCGGUGCAAGCAACGUUGCCGAAGCAAAGCACCUCUACGAGAAGGCGAAUGAAGUAUUAAAGACGGCAGGUAUGGAGCUAAAGAAGUGGACUACGAACUCUCCAGAACUCCAGGAAUAUUUCCGGAACGACGGACGAACGGCAGUACCAAACGACAAAACGUUCAUCGAUCCAACCAUGGAUAAAGUAUUGGGAGUCUCAUGGAACAGGACAGACGACACCUUAAAAUUCUCGAACGAUAGGAUGCUGGACGUCCUGAUUCUCGCCAAGAAUACGAAGCGCUCUGUACUGCGACAGUCCGCACGUCUCUUCGACCCGUUGGGGUUCUUGUCGCCGUACACUGUACGAGUGAAGACGAUGUUCCAGCGUAUUUGGGAACAAGGACUGGGAUGGGAUGACUCUCUGCCAGACGACCUAUCUCAGGAGUAUGAGACGUGGUGUCAAGAAUUACCGUUGAUCGAACAGCUAUCCGUCAAACGUUACGUGAUGGAAGGAAUUGGAGAAAAUAUAUUUUCGGUCCAACUGCAUACCUUUACCGAUGCAAGCCCGACUGCAUACGGUGCAUGCGUGUACCUAAGAGUCGAAGAUUGGGACGGAAACGUGAGUGUUAACCUCGUUUUCGCCAAGUCACGUGUGGCUCCUUUGAAGAAGUUGACUUUGCCCCGCCUUGAGCUGAUGGGUGCACUCAUUGGAGCACGACUGGCUCAAUAUAUCGAGGAGUGCCUCAAACUGCAUAUACAUCUGAAGCAGUUCUGGACAGAUUCGACGAUAGCCCUCCACUGGAUCCAAGGACAAGCUAGCCGCUGGAAGCCGUUCGUGUGCAACAGGACGAUGGAAAUUCAAUCAAAAACCGAUCCGCAUUCAUGGUCACAUUGUCCGGGCAGUCAGAAUCCGGCGGAUAUGCUUACACGAGGACUGAGUUUAGAAUCUUUGGUCCACAGCAGAAACUGGUGGAAGGGCCCAGAGUGGCUUUCAGAAUACGAAGGUGCGUGGCCAAAUUCCCUCACGAAGACCACCGCGUUUCCCCAAACUUUGCUGUGCGAGCUACGCAAAUCCGAAGUGAGCUGUCUACAGGUGACUCACAACACGAAGCAACCAUUGAUGGACCUGAGUCGCUUCAGCGAAUACUCCAAACUUCUACGCGUCACUGCAUGGACCCUACGUUUCAUCGAGAAUUGUCACCAAUCACACAAUAGCCUGCGAGGGAUGCUGACUACCGACGAAAUCAAGAAAGCGGAGCUUUACUGGUUCAAGAGAGCCCAGCAUGACGCUUAUGCUCUUGAAAUUCAGCAGCUGUCUCAUGGCGAACGAAUAGAUGACAAUUCCAGCAUUACGAACUUGCGACCAUUCAUAGACGAACAUGGACUACUUCGCCUCGAGGGGAGACUUCACUAUUCGGACGCCUCAGAAGAAGUGAAGCACCCUUUACUGCUACCAAAAGACCACGAAUUGACUGGGCUUAUCGUCAACGCUGCCCAUCGAAGAGUCCUGCACGGAGGAAUUCAGGACACCUUGACGGAGCUCAGAGAGCGCUAUUGGAUUCCUCAAGCGCGACAACUCGUGCGCCGGACCAUAGGCAAAUGCAUGGUCUGUAUGCGAUUCAGGGCCAACCAGUCCAGCGCACCUGUGGCACCGUUGCCGAAAGACCGCAUUACGCAGCAAGCGCCUUUCACCAUCGUGGGAAUAGACUUUGCCGGCCCGCUCUACAUCAAAAUCAACGAUGAAAGGGGGAAAUCCUAUAUCGCCCUUUUCACUUGCGCGGUGACACGUGCGAUUCACCUGGAGCUGGUUUCGGACCUCACGACGAAGUCAUUCCUUCUUAGUUUCCGUCGAUUUGUCGCACGAAGGGGACGACCCUCCACUAUCUACACGGACAACGCUUCCACCUUUAAACGAGCUUCUCGGGAUCUCCAAAAGAUGGGAGAAGCCCUAAAAGCCCCGGCAAUUCAAGACUUCUACGCAACAGAAAACAUCAAGUGGAAAUACAUAGUGGAAAGGGCAGCAUGGUGGGGAGGAUUUUGGGAGCGCUUGGUACGCUCUGUAAAAGAAUGUCUCCGGAAGGUCCUCGGAAGAGCAUUUCUCUCCUUCGAGGAGAUGACGACAGUACUGCACGAAGUCGAAGCGGUCGUAAAUUCACGCCCACUAACCUUCAUCUCUUCCGACCCCAACGAACCGGAACCUUUAACCCCGGGCCACUUUUUAAUUGGAAGGCGACUCGCAGCAGUACCUGAAGCGAGUGUACCUGACGUGCCAACAUUUGGCAGACAGCAACUCACACGGAGAUGGAAACACCGUGUACAGACACUGGAUCAUUUCUGGAAACGGUGGCAGAGAGAAUAUAUAUUACAACUUCGCUCUGCGCAUUUGGCACCAAAUAGGCCAACUUCGAAGAUACAAGAGGGAGACCUAGUUGUUCUUUAUGACGAGAAGGUUCCUCGGCAGAUGUGGAAGAUUGCGAGAGUGCAAAAAGUGCACACUUCACCAGAUGGACACGUGCGAUCAUGCACUGUGAAGCUGACCUCAGGGGUGGUUACCCGCCGACCUGUGCAACUGAUGUGUCCACUAGAGCUUCUAAAUGAUCGACACUAA